AUGGUUCACAUGCUGCUUACGUCACUGGAACUGCAUUUGAGGUGUAUACCAUCACAUCCCUCUCCUCCUGAUGAGUACUGGAAGAACAAUCUGCUGAAAUGGGACCCAAAGGAUUACGGGGGAAUCCAGGAAAUUCACGUUUCCCCUGAAGACAUCUGGGUACCAGACACACUGUUAUACAACAACAUAGAUGAAGAGGAACGUAUAGGAGGUGGUAGGACCACGUAUACAACUAAUGUAGCAGUGCAGCACGAUGGAAGCAACACGUGGUUAAACCCCGCCAUGUUCAAGAGCAUCUGUAGUGUGGAUGUCACAAACUUUCCUUUCGAUGACCAGGAAUGUCUGCUCAAAUUUGGCUCUUGGGCUUUCGAUAAAUCGAAGAUCGAUUUAGCAGUGAAAAACGGCAGCACCCUUAACAGCUACUACAUCAAAAAUGGCGAAUGGCAACUGCUGAAUUUGUCUGUGAAGAGGAACGCUCUGAAAUAUCAGUGCUGUCCGCACGAGUUUGUGGAUGUGUCAAUAAAUGUGCAUAUCAGACGGGAAUCACUGGAUUACAUCCUAAAGUUGAUUAUUCCAUGCUCACUGAUCUCUUCCAUGAUAUUUUUAGGGUUUGUUCUACCACCUGAGUCCGGUGAACGCAUUGGACUGAGUAUCACAGUUCUUUUGGCCAUGACGGUGUUUCAACAACUCAGUUCCGAGCUUAUGCCAUCAUACGGUUUUCCUCUGCUUGGGCAGUUUUACUUUGCAAUCAUGUUAGAAAUUGGGGCUUCUCUAGCAGUUACGACGCUUAUUUUAAACUUUUAUCAUCGCAACAGGCGAAGAAUGCCCAAGACCAUGAGAAACAUAGAUGAAGAGGAGCGUAUAGGAGGUGGUAGGACCACGUAUACAACUAAUGUAGCAGUGCAGCACGAUGGAAGCAACACGUGGUUAAACCCCGCCAUGUUCAAGAGCAUCUGUAGUGUGGAUGUCACAAACUUUCCUUUCGAUGACCAGGAAUGUCUGCUCAAAUUUGGCUCUUGGGCUUUCGAUAAAUCGAAGAUCGAUUUAGCAGUGAAAAACGGCAGCACCCUUAACAGCUACUACAUCAAAAAUGGCGAAUGGCAACUGCUGAAUUUGUCUGUGAAGAGGAACGCUCUGAAAUAUCAGUGCUGUCCGCACGAGUUUGUGGAUGUGUCAAUAAAUGUGCAUAUCAGACGGGAAUCACUGGAUUACAUCCUAAAGUUGAUUAUUCCAUGCUCACUGAUCUCUUCCAUGAUAUUUUUAGGGUUUGUUCUACCACCUGAGUCCGGUGAACGCAUUGGACUGAGUAUCACAGUUCUUUUGGCCAUGACGGUGUUUCAACAACUCAGUUCCGAGCUUAUGCCAUCAUACGGUUUUCCUUUGCUUGGGCAGUUUUACUUUGCAAUCAUGUUAGAAAUUGGGGCUUCUCUAGCAGUUACGACGCUUAUUCUAAACUUUUAUCAUCGCAACAGGCGAAGAAUGCCCAAGACCAUGAGAAAAGUAAUUCUGCAGUGGCUUGCGCGCUUGUUGUUUCCUUGUCAAAAACCGAAGGAUUGGAGCGAAAUUCAUCGAAGAAGCACAGCUAUGCGACGGAGGUGCAGCGAUUUAGAAGUUAAGGCCGAUCUUAGCAGCAGCGAUGCAGCAUCUUGUGAGGAAGAUGUCCUCGAGUGUUCAAAGGACACGAGCCCACGGCGUGACCCGCACGUGGACACGUGGGUCGUGCAGGAGUCUGGGGCUGCACACACGCAUGCGCAUUCAACAACCAAUGGUACAACUGAGAACCACUCGUUCUGCAAUCAUGCGGUCUCUCCCAAAAAUGAUUGCAACCACAACGGUGGGCUCAAAAGGGACUGGCUUAAAAAGCUAAAAAAGAACGGAAAUGUACGUAGCCGGGACAAAAAAGUCGACCGAACUGGAAAGAAGAGACCUUCGACAGCACAACUCUUGAAACAAAUGACCAUUGAUUCAUUGCCUUUUGGAGGCAACAUGUUGGACUGGUCUGAAGAGAAGCUUAAGAAUCAAAAGGAGUGGAUAAAGGCAGCGCGUGUUUUGGACAGACUCUUUUUAAUCAUUUCCAUUAUUGUUUCCAUCGUUACUCUCCUGACAAUCUUCCUGCGUGCUCCGAGAUUUCGACUCUACUAAACUGUAAACAGGCUCCUUUGCAGCUAUUGUCACGCUCUUCUUUACUAAUGAAUCGUCAAGCAAAGCUUUUCUCAGCGGAGAAGACUGAAUAACAGGUGUUGGAAUGAAUUCUGAAACAGAGGGUGACAAAACAGGUCAAAAUCAAUAUUUCAACAGCAUCACGAUUUCCUUCUUCUGCCCUCAUCUACUGCUCGUCAUCUUUUGGCAACCCCUUCAUGCAAAAAUAGCUCUAGUUUUGUAUUAUAAUUUAUUAAAGCAUGCUGGGUGCAGUAUAUUACGUCACAGAGAGGGCCUGGGUUUCUUAGUAUUGUUAGUAGCAUCUCUUAAUUUUUUGUUUUCGAAAGUUGCUCUUUUCUGUCAUUUGUAUUUAACUUAAAUACCCAUUGAAAGAAUUUCUGAUACACUUUUUUCGCAACCAGAGUUGCUACAUAAAUUCAUUUUUUAUUGAUUACAACUUAAGCUUACUAUAAAACUAAGUUCCUAUUGGGUUAGUGCGAUAUAACCUAUGGCCUUAAUUGCCUCGCUCUGUAAAUAAAUAGUUUUGUUAAAGGUGGCUGUAAACAGUUUCCAGCACUUUCCAAGACCCUUAAUUCUACUUUUUAGUGCAUAUAUUUCAAACAAGGCAAGGAGAAACCCUUUUUUUCAUUAUCAAAUUUUAAUAAGCAGGAUAAGAGGCCGCUUUUGGCAAAAUAUUAAAAAAUAUAUAUAUAUUAAUGGGAUUCAGAACCAGGUUUAAACUCAACGUGGUCAUACUGUUGUUAUGGUAACAUACUGUGCUACGAAAAUGAUAACAACUUGUUCACCAAUGAUUGGGCAUUUUUUUGGCACCAUGAUUGAAGCAUCAACUGAUAAUGAGUGGUUAUAAAUCACUCAUCAAAAUCUACGUCUAGGAAAGCUCUGGGAACUGUUUUGAGCCAUCACCACCCCACGAGAUUAUAUAUGUGUCAGUUUUUGCAAUACAGUUUAAUUUUUCACGGUACCACAUAUACCAUCACGUUGGUUCUGAUAGGAAGUGAAAGUUGCUUACUGGCGCGGCUAGGCAGUUUCUCUGACCGUUACAGCAUCAUGCAGUGUUUCUUAAGGUGAUUCCUUAUUUUUGCAUUGCGCAUCCCUACUGCGCACGAUUGUUGCGUCAC